GUGGGUGCUUUCAAACGAUGAGGCCCAUUGUCAUGAGGAGUACAAUGGUGUUUGUUGUCGAUGCCGAUGGAAGUGCUGGGACCCAGGAGCGAUGUCAACGUGUCCUGAUUUUCCUGGCCCUGCUGCUGUGUCUAGCUUCAUCGCUGACAUUCGGAGCAAAGGCCAUGAACGAUGGACAAGUUGUGGAAUCUUUCCUUCCCAGCCCAGGUUCUCACCCUAAGAAGAGACUGAGGAAGGGUCCUCGCCCUGCAGUGAUUAUUGCCGCUGUGUUGGUAUCGGUGCUGGUACUGGGGACCCUGGCUGGUAUCUUGUGCUGGUACUUUACAGACCCGUCUAAUGGACAUUUCCCUGAGGGUCGGGUGGGGAACACAGUCCAGACGUACAGCGGACACCUCACCCUGUCAAACAUUCAGUACACCAGCCAGCUGGAGAGACCAGAGACGACAGAGUUCCAGCAGAUCGCCAGGGAACUUGAACAGAUUAUUAAUGCCUCUUGUAGGAAAGUACCUGAACUCUCCUCAUUUUUUGUGACAUCGCGUGUGUUUGACUACAGUGAUGGCCCUGACCUGAAGGUUUAUUACUACGCCCAAUUCGAGAUACCUCCGGAAAAUCAGGAUGUGCUUCCCAAGUUCCGUGAGGAUGCGCUGACUGGGAGCCUGCGGCAGACUGUUCAACAAGUUCGCCGAUCACAACUACUCACCGAUGUGACCAUCACCGCAGUGACAUCUUCCCUUGCUAACUCGAAGCUGGUGAUGAACCCUGAAGAGAGAGCCUGUUAUCACACUUUCCAUGCAAAGGACACAGACAUGACAUUCACCUCUCCGGGAUAUAACAAAGACGGAUAUCCCAACAACAUUCAUUGCCAGUGGAUCCUACGAGCGACAAGAGAUCACGUCAUCUAUCUCGAAUUCCUGGACUUCAACACUGACGAUGACUGUGGCAAUGAUUUCGUCAUGGUUCACGAUUCGCUGAGCCCGGCAGAGGAUGAUGUCAUCACCAAGAAGUGUGGGAAGCGACCCUCCACUAACCACCUCUCUGUGAUAUCGUCUGGCAAUGUGAUGCUUGUCACUCUCCUGAGUGAUGAGAACGAGAGCUUCAAAGGAUUCUCAGCCAAUUUCAGCCAGCGAGAGAAACUGAAAGAAUGUGGAGGCACUUUGACGAAAUUAGCUGGGAAUAUCAGCACUCCAUACUAUCCGACCUUCUACCCCCCGAACAUAGACUGCACCUGGACGAUCAAGGUUCCAUCACAGUUGAAGAUCAGGUUGAGGUUUGAGAUGAUUCGUAUGGAGGAGCCGGGAGUUCGACAUGGUGAUUGUAUCAAAGAUUAUCUGGAGGUUGAUGGGGAGAGGUACUGCGGUGACCACUCUUUAAUCACUCUGCGGAUUGAGAGAUCUGAGGUUGAUGUCCGGUUCCACUCCGAUGAGUCCCACACUGACAAAGGAUUUACCGGAUUUUACCAGGCUUAUGACCCGAGCAACCCCUGUCCAGGAGAAUUUGCCUGUAAAUCUGGAUUGUGUAUCAGCUCCAGUCUUCGGUGUGAUGGUUGGAAUGACUGUGGGGACCUGAGCGAUGAACUGCAGUGUGAGUGCGAGGCCGAUCAGUUUACCUGUGCUAACGGAAUGUGUAAACCCAAACUCUGGAUGUGUGACCGAGUCAACGACUGUGGGGAUUACAGCGAUGAGAAAGCCUGCGGUAAGGGGGAAUGGGGUGAAGCGGGGCGGGGUGCUGAACGGCGUAGGGUG